CAAAAGCGGAAACUGAGACUUUACAUCUCCAACACAUUUAAUCCUGCAAAAUCUGAUGCUGAUGACUCUGAUGGCAGCAUUGCUUCAUGGGAGCUGCGAGUGGAGGGGAAGCUCCUGGAUGAUCUCAGCAAACAGAAACGGAAGUUUUCAUCUUUUUUUAAGAGUUUGGUUAUUGAACUGGACAAAGAUCUUUAUGGACCUGACAACCAUCUUGUGGAGUGGCACAGAACUCCCACAACCCAGGAAACUGAUGGCUUCCAGGUGAAAAGACCUGGUGAUGUCAGCGUGCGGUGCACAUUACUCCUCAUGUUGGACUACCAGCCUCCACAGUUUAAACUGGACCCACGAUUAGCCCGUUUGCUGGGGAUUCACACACAGACCCGGUCAGCUAUCAUCCAGGCUCUCUGGCAGUACAUCAAAACAAAUAAGCUGCAAGACUCCCAUGAUAAGGAAUACAUUAAUUGUGACAAGUACUUCCAGCAGAUCUUUGACUGUCCACGGCUAAAGUUUUCUGAAAUUCCUCAGAGACUCACUAACCUGCUGCUGCCACCAGACCCUAUCGUGAUAAAUCAUAUCAUCAG